CUUUAGCUCCACUGGAUCGAGAAAACCAAGCACAGAUCCAACAAACGCCCAAAGAAAAAGUCUUUUGAGAUACACACCAAUGAGCCUAACUGACUAGCUAGCGAUCGAAACACCCUGCUCCAGAUCGAUCUGGCCUAGCUAGGGACCUUGCUGCGGGGGGGCAACCAUGUCGGUCUCACUGGAGGAUCUCAAGAAGGAGAACGUCGACCUCGAGAGUAUACCGAUCCAGGAGGUGUUCGCCGUGCUCAAGAGCUCGCCGCAGGGGCUCACCUCCGCCGAUGGCAACGGCCGGCUCGAGAUCUUCGGCCGCAACAAGCUCGAGGAGAAGAAGGAGAGUAAGCUGCUCAAGUUCUUGGGGUUCAUGUGGAAUCCGCUCUCCUGGGUCAUGGAGGCCGCCGCGAUCAUGGCCAUCGCCCUCGCCAACGGAGGGGGGCGGCCGCCGGACUGGCAGGACUUCGUCGGGAUCGUGACGCUGCUCUUCAUCAACUCCACCAUCAGCUUCAUCGAGGAGAACAACGCCGGGAACGCCGCCGCCGCACUCAUGGCCAGCCUCGCGCCGCAGACCAAGUUGCUGAGGGACGGGAAGUGGUCGGAGCAGGACGCGGCGAUCCUGGUGCCCGGGGACAUCAUCAGCAUCAAGCUCGGCGACAUCAUCCCGGCGGACGCGCGGCUGAUGGAGGGCGACCCGCUCAAGAUCGACCAGUCGGCGCUCACCGGCGAGUCGCUCCCCGUCAACAAGAUGCCCGGCGACAGCAUCUACUCGGGUUCCACCUGCAAGCAGGGCGAGAUUGAGGCCGUCGUCAUCGCCACCGGCGUCCACACCUUCUUCGGCAAGGCCGCCCACCUCGUCGACAGCACCAACAACGUCGGCCAUUUCCAGAAGGUGCUGACGGCGAUCGGCAACUUCUGCAUCUGCUCCAUCGCGGCCGGGAUGCUGAUCGAGAUCAUCGUGAUGUACCCGAUCCAGCACCGGCAGUACCGCGACGGCAUCGACAACCUCCUCGUGCUGCUCAUCGGCGGGAUACCCAUCGCCAUGCCCACCGUGCUGUCCGUGACCAUGGCCAUCGGCUCGCACCGGCUGUCGCAGCAGGGCGCCAUCACCAAGCGGAUGACGGCCAUCGAGGAGAUGGCCGGCAUGGACGUGCUCUGCAGCGACAAGACCGGCACGCUCACCCUCAACAAGCUCACCGUCGACAAGAACAUGAUCGAGCCGUUCGUGAAGGAUCUCGACAAGGACGCGAUCGUCCUGUACGCGGCGAGGGCGUCGCGAACCGAGAACCAGGACGCCAUUGACGCCUCCAUCGUCGGCAUGCUCGCCGACCCAAGCGAGGCCCGUGCCGGCAUCCAAGAGGUGCACUUCAUGCCGUUCAACCCCGUCGACAAGCGCACGGCCAUCACCUACAUCGACACCAAAGAUGGUUCGUGGCACCGCAUCAGCAAAGGCGCGCCGGAGCAGAUCAUCGAGCUGUGCCGUCUACGGGACGACGUGAGCCGGCGGGUGCACGCCAUCAUCGACAAGUUCGCCGACCGCGGGCUGCGGUCGCUGGCGGUGGCGAGGCAGAAGGUGCCGGAGGGGAGCAAGGACGCGCCGGGCACGCCGUGGCAGUUCCUCGCCGUGCUCCCGCUCUUCGACCCGCCGCGCCACGACAGCUCCGAGACCAUCCGUCGCGCGCUCAACCUCGGCGUCAACGUCAAGAUGAUCACCGGCGACCAGCUCGCCAUCGGCAAGGAGACCGGCCGCCGCCUCGGCAUGGGCACCAACAUGUACCCCUCCAGCUCUCUGCUCAAAGACGGCGACACCGGCGGCCUCCCUGUCGACGAGCUCAUCGAGAAGGCCGACGGCUUCGCCGGCGUCUUCCCCGAGCACAAGUACGAGAUCGUGCGGAGGCUGCAGGAGAGGAAGCACAUCUGCGGGAUGACGGGGGACGGCGUGAACGACGCGCCGGCGCUGAAGAAGGCGGACAUCGGGAUCGCGGUGGCGGACGCGACGGACGCGGCGAGGGGGGCGUCGGACAUCGUGCUGACGGAGCCCGGGCUUAGCGUGAUCAUCAGCGCGGUGCUGACGAGCCGCGCCAUCUUCCAGCGGAUGAAGAACUACACCAUCUACGCCGUGUCGAUCACCAUCCGCGUCGUGCUCGGCUUCCUCCUCCUGGCGCUCAUCUGGAGGUUCGACUUCGCGCCCUUCAUGGUGCUCAUCAUCGCCAUCCUCAACGACGGCACCAUCAUGACCAUCUCCAAGGACCGCGUCAAGCCGUCCCCGUUGCCCGACGCAUGGCGCCUCCAGGAGAUCUUCGCCACCGGCAUCGUCCUCGGCACCUACCUCGCCCUCGCCACCGUCCUCUUCUUCUGGGCCGUCCGCGACACCGACUUCUUCACGGUGACCACUCAUCACCCAACCUCGCACGCCUCGCCGCCGCGCGCUCUGACGCCGUGUGUUUGUGGGCAGAGGACGUUCGGGGUGCACCCGAUCGGAGGCAGCACGGAGGAGCUGAUGGCGGCGGUGUACCUCCAGGUGAGCAUCAUCAGCCAGGCGCUCAUCUUCGUGACACGCGCGAGGAGCUGGUUCUUCGUCGAGCGCCCAGGGCUCCUGCUCGUCGGCGCGUUCCUCAUCGCCCAGCUGAUGGCAACGCUGAUCGCGGUGUACGCGAACUGGCCGUUCGCGAAGAUGAAGGGCAUCGGGUGGUCGUGGGGCAUGGUCAUCUGGCUCUUCAGCAUCGUCACCUUCUUCCCCCUCGACAUCUUCAAGUUCGCCAUCCGCUACUUCCUCAGCGGCAAAGCCUGGAACAACGCCUUCGACAACAAGACGGCGUUCGCGAACGAGCUGGACUACGGGAAGAGCAAGAGGGAGGCGCAGUGGGCGAUCGCGCAGAGGUCGCUGCACGGGCUGCAGCAGGCGGAGACGUCGACGGCGCUGUUCGACGACAACAAGGACUACCUGGAGCUGUCGGAGAUCGCGGAGCAGGCGAAGCGCCGCGCCGAGAUCGCCAGGCUACGGGAGCUGCACACGCUCAAGGGCCACGUCGAGUCGGUGGUCAAGCUCAAGGGCCUCGACAUCGACACCAUCCAGAACCACUACACCGUCUAGCUAGCACCAUCGAUCUCACACGCAUGAAUACCAUACAUGAUCGAUGAUGCUGCUCGUUAGCUUGAUAAGUGAGACAGGAUAUUCUUUUUUUUUCUUUUUUUUUGGCAGCUUAAUUUAACGGGGUCAGGAGACUGUCUUAAUUUGGUCAGAUGAAUAAUGGGGGUACGUAGCUUUUGUUGUUUUAAUGGUUUUACUUUGGAGAGGUUGUAGGUUUGUUGGUACGUUUGAUUGGUCGAAGACCAGAAUAAAAUGAGGGCUAAUUUAGUA